AUGGACCCGCAUCGCGAUCCGUUCCUAACGGAGCAGCAUCAGGUCUCGCCGAUGUUUACGUCGACGGCUUCCUUCCCUCCGACCUCGUCAGCGAGUGGCUCCACGUCGGCUUCCAUGUCGGCCGUGGAUCCGCUGCUUCCCUCCCUGGGUCUAGGGGAUAGUCCUCAUCUCCCUUCAAGUUUGAAGCAGGAGCCAGGUUGGGGCUCGCCUGAUAUGCUCUCAGAGCUGCAGCGUGUCUCCUCACUAUCUCUUCACACGCCCGUACGCUCACAUCUCUCGUUUGACCCCGAUACCAGCGACUCUACCAUCCGGUCGAUCUCUCAACCAUCUCUGCGCGCACAUACGGCCUCUAUGGAAGCCUCCAUGUCUAUGAACCCCACCUUACCGACAGGGUACAGCGAGCCCGUUCUCUCGAGCGAGCCCAUGCAAUCGUUAUCACCCCCGGCUUCCGCCUCGACUUCGGCAUCCACCCCGGCGUUGCAGCCCCCUGUGACCCCUAGUGCACAGCCGCCCAGCACGCCAUUGAAGUCGAUGUCUCAGCGCGGACCACCGCCUACGAUGCCCAUGCCGUCGUCCCAUGCGCUAGGUAUGCUCUCCACGCCGGAACGUCGUGCGUCACGGCCGACCUUUGGAAGCAUGCCGGACCUGGCCUCGUCGCCCGAUGUGCAUGCGAUGAACCAGGCUUCCUGUGCGUAUGAAGCCAGUCCUUCGCCGCAAAAGUACCAUCGGUCUUCUGCGCCACAUAUCUCUGAUAUGCCGCCGAUGGGCCCUCUCUCUCCGUCGGUCCACAGCCCCUUUGUCUCGAUGACCCCGGGGCAAGUACCCACGUCCCUCCCACCCGGCGCGGCUCUCCUGGACGAUCCAUUCGUUCCUAUGCCAUACUAUGCUCCUGUUCCGCCAGGCACCGCCGCUGCACCACCACCGCCUCCGCUGGGUCCUUUUGAGCCAGGGACACCGCAAGGGCCUCCUAGUAUGUCACGUGUUCUCUCCGCGCCGGUGGGGAUGCCAUGGCCUGCGCAUGACGUGAGUUCGCCAGGCGGGGCCUCCAGCACGGUCCCUUUCUCGCCCUUGGGCGAACCGACGUCGUUCCCUGGGUCACCGUCGACGCAUCCAAUGGCUAUGCCGAUGUCGCAUCCUGCCAUGGCUAUGUACCAGAAAGAGAUGCAGGCGUAUGGCACGACCUCAGCGCCGUAUUGGCCCUUCCACGAGGCCGAUCACUUCUCGCCUGGCCUCCCGUCGUCCAAAAGCACAGGCGCUUUGGCAUCGCCCUUGCCUCUUUCUCCUACGUCGUCCACGAUGACACCAAGGCAACGGCGUUCUCAUCUACCCCACAGCAUUAGCAUGCCUGGCGACCAGAUGUCAUCUCUCAUGGAUCAUCAGCAGCAGGAUCUGCUGUUGAGUCCUGCUCGUCAGCGUAUACGCAGUGGUCUACCACCGCCACUUGUCGUGAGCUCCGCGGACAAACUGCAUGUAUGUCACUGUGGCCGGCGCUUUAAGCGUCUAGAGCACUUGAAGCGGCACGCUCGCACACAUACGCAAGAACGUCCACACAAGUGCCCUGUACCAUCCUGUGGGAAGAGCUUUGGACGCUCAGACAAUCUAUCUCAGCAUAUGAAAACACACUAUCGUCCUUCCGGCUUGGCUGGCCGCGCAAGCGAACUUCUUGCGAAGCAGGAAGAGCCUGCACGACGCUCUGAUCGGCGGCACGACCCCUAUGCAGCAGCAGCAGCAGCGGCCGCGGCCGCGUUGGCCUCGUCGCAGAAAGCCGCGACGUCAGAGUCCGUGCAGUCUGAGACGCGAUGGGACCCCGAGUCUGCCUCCCAGGGAACAGCACCUACGCCACUCUCAGAGUUUGCUCCUACACCUGCCGCGAUAUCAUCGGCCGUAACCACGCCCACUCCGGCGGCCCCACCACUACCAUUGCAACCCGUCUCGGCGGGCGAUAGCCAGGGUAUGCCAUCCUCACCGCGCAAGCCGUCGAGCACAACCGUACCACCUGCUGCGUCAACUUUGUAG